UCGAAAACUGAUCAAUCGUCAUUUAAUUAGUUAUCCCCGCCAGAUGUCUACAGGUGUCACUUCUGACCCAGUAAACAGCACGGAGUAGGGAUGAGAACGAAGCCGGUCUCCUUUCUUUCUCACUCCCUACACAGUUGUCGGCCAUCAUUAUUGUUUAUGCAUCAAGUGUAGUAGUAACGUUGACAAUUAUUAUUUUGCUAUCUCAGUGUAACUCUCAUAUUAACUUUUAAUCAUUCCUAUUUUAUCAAUAAUAAUUAAAUUAUCAAUUUUGAGUGUAUUUUGCACGAUUAGUUAAUCAAGUGAUUUUAUAACCUCAAAAGUACUCAACACGUGACACGAGCUUCCAAUAACAACGGAUUUUGUGUUUGAGCAAUGCCAAGAAAACGCAAAGGGGCUGAUUUGAGCCGCAGUACAAGUAAAGCUCGAAACUUGCGAAAUAGCAGAUCCGAAAGAACAGAAGAACAAAUCCAGCAACAAAAUACUGAUGCACGUGUCAGAAUGGCGCAAUUGCAUCAAGAAGAGCCAGAAGAUACACGAGCUGAACGCAAUGAAGUCAGAAGAUUAGAACAACGACAAUCACGCCGUUUCACAGUCAAUAGACGAAGAAUAAAUGACCAACAACGACAACAGGUACAUCGAGCAUUUAUAUCUGAUUCAUUCCUGCGUCUAGCAUUCCAGUAUGAGCCCGAUAUUGAAUAUUAUGCUCAUUCAAAAGUGGUAAUUGGUGCUAUGGACAAGGAAUGUCCGCAUUGUCAUGCUCUGAAAUUCAAAAAUGAGCCAGCUGGGAUGUGUUGCGCGUCAGGAAAAGUGCAAAACCAUUGA